CCAAAAAGAGAAGCUGACGUUGAGACAUUUAAAUGGGUCCUGGCCUCUGACAGGUUAUUCGUUCAGGUGGACCAUGGCUGCUGGGUAUACUCUCGCUCAGGUAUAUAUACCUGUCCGAGCAUACCUGGCCAUACCUGCAUUCACGCUGACCAAAACAUCACUUCUCACGGGGCUGUGUCAAACAUCUUUGGCUAAACAGUUAUUUGGGGGUUACAUCACAUAAUGGUUUCUUUGGAUAGUGACUUUCAGGAUGCCAUCGACGUUAUUCAGAGAGACGCUGAUCAUUUGUACCACGACGCGGGCAUGAAGUACUAUGAGACACUGGAGUGCCAGCCGUCAUUAGGGCACCCGGGCAUCACCUGCCACCCCUACACGUCCCUCGCCACGUCUCCAGUGACCCCAGGGGACUGGGGCGAGCCAACAUCCUGGCCCCAUAUUGUGCCUGAUCUUUCUCUGCCUCCCUCUGUGCAUUCAGAGCCCUCACCUUUUUAUCCUGCCAUGCAACGCCAUGCAAGGAAAGGACGUAAGAAGCUACGUCUCUUCGAGUAUCUUCACGAGGCCCUGCAUGACACCAACAUGGUGGACUCCAUCCAGUGGACGGACCGCGGUUCCGGCACCUUCCACUUCGUGUCCAAGAACAAAGAGAAGCUGGCCGAGUGCUGGGGCCGGCGCAAGGGCAACCGCAAGACCAUGACCUACCAGAAGAUGGCGCGCGCUCUCCGCAACUACAGCCGCACCGGCGAGAUCGCCAAGGUCCGCCGCAAGCUCACCUACCAGUUCAACCCCGUCAUCCUGCAGCGGCUCAGCGCCAACCUUGUGCCCCCCGGGCAUACCGCCGGGCACAUGGGCAGAGAAGUGCUGGGGCACCACCAACACCCCAUGACUGCAGAAGUAGGGUACUACGUGCCCCCGGUGUCCGAGUGGCCAGUCUGGAGCGGACAGUACACCACCUAUCAGGGAGAGUACGACCUCGCCACGGUCCUGACAUCAGUAGACGGAUCGAAGGUGUGAAGUGCUCCAUGGUCCCCGUGACUAUAGUGAGGUUCACAGCACUUCAUUCAUAUCUUGACUUUUUUCAUUACACAGUCCUAUGGCAGUGGGACAAGACAACUGAACUGUAUGUGUGCCUACGGUGGCCAUUUGAUAAUGCAGAACAAAGAUGAAACUCUGUCGGCACGAGUGCUUUGAAAAGUACACUGAGUUCAUUGGGGCUCUUUUUAAAUGGCAGGCUACGUUAUACUCAUUACCUCAGGUAACACGUGUGGCACAAGAGAAAGAUGAGUAUUGUCUCAGUAUUUAAAGUUCAAUGCCUUCAUCAGGGCCUGUUUUACCCUGUGUUCCUGGUUUGAUUAUAUAAUUAUAAUUAUACUGUUCCUUAUAAGCAAACAAUGGUGGAAAAAAUGAUCUGUGUGUGUGUGCUGAGGAACCGAUGUGUUGUUUUUGUAGGUAGAUGUGAAUAAGGACCUUGAUUUUCUCAGAAAAGGUCUAAAAGCAUUUACAAGCCAUUGUUAAUAUUCCAAAGCACUGUUGAAUGCAGGAUAAUUAUGAAAAGAAAACACGAACGUAACAAACAAAAUGAACACAGUGCACCUCAGGCAUUCAUUUUCUACUUUAAAGUCUAUCUGUGGUGAAGUGGUAGUCUCUGGGAUUUCUGGUGAUAAUGAAUGAGGGUGACUAUAUGUCGUAUAUAUUGACAAAUAAAUCAUGGUUGAUGGAUA